AUGGGCUACGACCGAAACCGUUUUAUGCACCAUAACCCUGAGCACCUGGAUGAAUUCACGUGCGGCAUAUGUAUGGACAUUCUGGUGCAGCCCGUAUUCAGCCCGUGCUGUCGCCAUAGUUACUGUUCGGUAUGCAUCAGGCAAUGGCUUAUGGUAAACAACACGUGUCCCAACGACCGUGCUCAAUUGCGCGACACCGAUCUCAUUAAGCAAAGCCGUGCGUUUGUGAACUUGCUAGAUAAUUUACAAUUAAAAUGUGACUGGGUUGACUACGGUUGCGAUGAGAGUGUUAGGCUGUGCGAGUUGGCCGAUCAUGUUAAAAAGUGUGUCCAUAAUCCGGGUAAUAAAUGUGCUAAUUGUGAUGAGUUUGGGGCCAAAAAUCACGAUUGUUUGGAGAAUUUGCGCCAAAAAUGUCGUCGAUUGGAGACCGAUGUGAAACGCCUGUCGGGAGCCAAUGGUCACUCUACUACUGGUAGUACAGCGGCAACUGAUAAUGGCUGCGGUUCGCCACACGUAGCGCUGCCCUGCCAACCAAUGGGACUGCGAAUCAAUUCGUGCGAAUUGGACGCCAAUAUCAGGGAACGGGUUAUAGAGAUCGCGAGUCGACUGUGUAUGACGUGUACCACACAGCGAGAGUUGGCCGUACAGAUCAAGCAAGAGCUGGACAAAUGUUAUGGUACAGACUGGACGUGUAUGAUCCGUGAGCCGGGUCGGGCGGCCAUAGCGUUUUACUGUGAACAGAGUUCGUUCAUUAAUUUUGAUCUAGGUGCUCACAAUUGGAUUGUGUUUAAAAAUAAAAAUUGGAAAUAA